AUGCGGGUUUUGUUUUGGAAUAUAAACGGUGUUGCGCGUGAGUCAACACAGUGUAAGAUUAGAGAUUUAAUAAGAGAUUUCAAGCCGGAAAUUUUUUGUCUUGCUGAACCAAAGGUUGCGUGUUCUUCCAGCUUUAGAAGGAGACUUCAUAUGGAAGUGAAUAUGAGUAAACAAGCAAUUACUAUUGAGGUUGAGGGAGUUCAUAUCUCAUUUGUGCAUGCUAGUUAUGUUCAAACUACACGUAGAAGUCUUUGGCAUCAGCUUAAUUUGCAAGAUACAAGCACUCCCUGGAUGGUCAUGGGAGAUUUUAAUUGUAUUUUGCGUCUUAAUGAUAAGAAGGGAGGUCUUGAGCCUAGGACCUCGGCUAUCGAUGAGUUUAGUGACUGGAUGGAUGAUAACAAUCUUUUCGAAGCUGAUUCUAUGGGUAUUAAGUUCACUUGGACUAAUCGACAAUCGGGUUCUGACAGAAUUUUGAGCAAACUCGAUAGAGCAAUUAUUAAUUAUGCUUGGUUGGCAAAGUUUGAAAACUGGCGCUGUAAAGCUCUCCCUAGAGAAAUAUCAGAUCAUUCUACUUUGUUGGGUUAUCCUUUUGUGGUUUCUCAUCCUAAAAGAGCUCCUUUUCAUAUACAAAAAAUGUGGUUUCUGCAUACAAAUUUCCUUCGUAUGGUUCAGGACUGUUGGAAUAUGCCUGUUCAUUGCGAUCCUGAUUUUAUUUUUCCGUACAAGUUGAAGAGGUUGAAAGGGGUUAUGCAGGAACGGAAUUUGCUGUAUUAUGAAGCGAAAUUUAAUGGCCAGGAAUUGGACUAUGAUAUGGAUUUAUUUGAUUAUUCUCAUGAUUCCAUUACUUCUGAGGAGAGUCUUGCUAUGGACAAUAUUCCUACUCAUGAAGAAAUCAAGCAGGCAGUUUUUGAUUUAGGAGCUGACAGUGCUCCGGGUCCGGAUGGAUUUUCAGGGUGUUUUUAUCGCCAUUGUUGGGAUAUUAUCCAAGAUGAUUUGGUUAAGGCUGUGAUACAUUGUUGGGGUACUGGUCAUAUUCCGAAUGGUGUAAAUUCUAGCUUUAUCAUACUUCUAGAUAAGGUAAGAGGGGCUAAUAAUCUUCGUAAUUUUCGUCCGAUUGGGCUUAGUAAUUUUUUCUUCAAAAUUUUUACUAAGAUCUUAGCUACUAGACUUGGUAGUGUUUUGGACAAGCUGGUUUCUGAGGAGCAGGUGGCGUUUAUGAAAGGCCGUAACAUCCAUGAAAAUAUAAGCCUGGCAUCUGAGAUGGUCAAUGAGCUUCAUAUAAAACGUAAGGAUGGUAACAUUGGUCUAAAACUUAAUAUAUCUCAAGCUUUUGAUACGGUGAGUUGGUCAUUUGUAUUAGAAGUUUUUCGUAGAUAUGGUUUUUCUGAGCAGUGGUGUUCUUGGAUUUUUAAUAUCCUUAAUUCUGCUAGAAUCUCUAUUCUUCUGAAUGGAAAUCCUGAAGGCUAUUUCAAAAUUAAUAGAGGCUUGCGUCAAGGAGAUCCUCUUUCUCCUUUGUUAUUUGUGCUGAUUGAAGACGUGCUUAGCAGAAAUAUUACGAAGUUGUUUAGUGAGAAGAAAAUGAACCAUAUGGUUACAAGAGGUAGCUUUUCUCCUACUCAUCUUUUCUUUGCUGACGACAUUAUGAUUUUUUGCAAGGGAAACCUAAAAAGUCUUCAAAACCUGGUGGACUUAUUGGGUAAAUACCAACGCGCUUCUGGACAAACUGUGUGUCGUCAAAAGAGUAAGAUAUAUUAUGGUGGAGGUUCUUUGUCUAGAAGAACUUAUCUUGCUGAUUAUUUAGGGAUGAGUGUUGCUACUUUUUCUGACCGUUACUUGGGAGUUCAAAUUAUGCCAGGCUCGGUAAAAUAUCACCACAUUGCUAAUGUUGUUGAGAAGAUUAAAGCUCAGUUGGCUGGUUGGAAGGGAAGACAUUUAUCUUUUAAUGACCGUAUUGUUAUGGUUAAAUCUGUCAUUUCCAGCUAUUCUAUUCACAAUAUGGCUAUCUAUCGGUGGCCAAGAAAGUUCAUUAUUCAAUGUGAAAGAGCAAUUCGUAACUUUAUAUGGUCUGGAAAUUCAAAUGUUAGCCGAGCUGUUGUAGUUGCUUUCGAUAAAAUCUGUUGCCCUUUUGAGGAGAGGGGCCUUUGUUUAACUCGUAUGGCUACUAUGAAUACAACUCUUCUCAUGAAGCUUUGGUGGAAUAUUCGUACUUCGAAUAAGAAAUGGGAUGGUUUUCGACGAGCUAAGUUCCUUGGGAGAAAUGGUCAUAUCAAACAAUAUAGUGUUAAAUCUUCUAUCCUUCCUAGUAUUCAGAAGGUGCACUAUUUGGUUGAUGCUAACACUAAGGUUCAGCUGGGAUAUGGUCGAUCUACUUCUCUUUACUAUGAUGCAUGGCACGGUAAUAGGAGUGUUGCGGAUAUUCUUAAUGAUUUUUCUCUUGACAGAACUAUUUUGGUGAGUGAUAUGUUGAUCGACAAUCAAUGGAUGAUCCCUGAAGUCCAUUUGAAUAUUUUGCUAGCUGCGAAUCUAGAUGUCAAUCAGCUUCCAAAUCCAGUUGGAGGGUCGGAUACUCGUAUUUGGAUGUCGGAAUACAAAGGAGAUUUCACUGAUAGUUCAGCCAAAGAAUUGAUUCGGCAGAGAUAUGGCAUGCUGGAGGGUGCGUCACUUAUCUGGAGAAAAGAAAUUCAUCCCACUUUAACUGCUCAAAAUUGGAAGUUCUUGCGAAAAGCUUGCGCAACUUAUGACCUCAUCAGAGAUAGAUUCAAGAUACAGCUUGCAAACAAAUGCUCUCUUUGUGGAGUGACGGAAAAAACUCUGGACCAUGUUCUCUUUCAGUGCAGCUUUGUUGCUCGUGAUUGGAAUUGGAUAUCUUCUGUUUUUGGUAUUCCUGCUAACGUUAAUCUUAUGGUUUCUUACAAGGAUUCUCGGAGUAGGAGUCGAAUGAUUCGUGACCUGUGGCUUCUGGCAAACAUGGUGAUCAGAUCGGAACUCUGGGCAGUCAAAAACAAAGCUGUUUUCGAGCAGAAGCAAGCGAACUGGAGCGUCUUCUUCAAGCGUGUUUUGAAUCUUAUUCAAGACUAUUUGAUUCGUCUCAAAGGACACGUGCGCAACUAUCCUGAUGAUGUUAUUCUGCUGAAUUAUUUUCGUGUAAAACAUAGGAGUGUGAAGUUUGUUCAGCCGAUGGAAUGUUAUUGGCAACCGCCUGACUGUUAUGAAUUGCAACUGUGUUGCGAUGGAGCAGCAAGAGGCAGUCCAGGCAUAGCGGGUGCUGGAGUUGUUUCUAGGCAUGCAAGAUGUAAUGUCAUUGGUGCUAUGUCCAUUGGGCUGGGUAUCACGACCAAUUACUUAGCUGAACUUUAUGGUAUUCUUGUGGGUCUGGAAUGGGCUACUAGAUGGGGAUUUCGACGCAUUUGCAUCAGAUCGUAUUCGGCUAGUGUAGUGGCAGCAUUUACAAGUAACAGCUUACCCUGGUUCGCAAGACCAAGAUGGUUAACGAUUAAUCAAUUCUAUGAGGCCAUUAGAUUUAUUCACACUUUUCGGGAAGCUAAUUUUUCAGCGGAUAUCAUGGAAAAAAGAGGAUGUUUCCUUGACAAUGAAGUUGGUGUUCAUUUUGAUGGAAGACCUCAGUUUUUAAUUUCAGUUGAAAAACCUCAUGUUGCUUAUUAUAGAUUCAAAUAG